AUGCCCGCGACGGAGGCGGAGACAUCAAUCUCUUUGGAGGAAGCGGGAGCGCCGCUGCUCAUGAACGAUUCUACGUAUCUGGUGCGCAGGAUUUCACUGCUCCCGCUUCAUGGCGUCCGUCGUCCUUAUGGGAAUUUGAUUGAGUGGCGACUGAGAAGUGCAGCUGCAAAGCAAGGGAAGGGGACUUACAGGGCAGCAAUUGAUGGAAUGCAGAGCUCGACCGACUGAGGAGUAAUUUGGCGAUGGUGACGGUAGUGCGGCGAGAGCAUUUAGUUAGCUGGCUACUCUACACUAACGGGUUGAAUGUUCCAAAUGUCUCUGGCGUACUCGUGGAUUGUCCUGUCGCUGCUGAACUUGUAAGAGCUAGCUGUGUUCAUGAUCGACAUUCUCGUCCAUCUCUGUCAAACCAUCAACCAUGGACAAAUUCAAGAGUGUUAAGCGAAUGUGCUUUGGUUUUGGAAGGCUGCUCUUACUGUGUGUGUAUAUAUAUCUGUAGCUUAAACAAAAUAUCACCUGUUGGUCUUGAUACGCUUUGCCAACCUCCUCCUGGCACUUGAUGUAGCUGGGGAAAUCCUUUCCAACGAGGAAAUAGAAGAGUACUGGUAAUAGCAAGUGGAGGAUAUAUUGAUAGCUUUCUGACAAUAUAAUGGUUUAGACCUGAUCACUUGAGAC